GUUUAGAUGGAGCCAUGGAGGAGCAGUUAUUAGGUUAUGAAGGUGAGAUGUACCGAUUGGAUCACGCAGAGCACAUUACUGACAGGCUUGAUCGAGUGGCGCCUCGGAUCUUGCGCACCAGGAGGAAUUUGAUGAUACGGCCGCCGAAGCAGAUUAGGCCAUAUCUUAGACGAGCCGAAUUUGAGUAUGCGGCCUAUAUGGUCGAGUUUGAGCACGAUUGGUUGCUUGCCUCGGCUUUGAUAGAGAGGUGGAGGCUUGAGUCCCACACAUUUCAUCUACCGUGCAGGGAGAUGACUAUCACCCUGCAGGACGUGGCCUAUCAGCUGGGACUCAAGAUCGACGGUGAUCUUGUGAGUGGAUGCAUUGGUGGGUGGGAGCAGCACCAUCAGGGACGCACCAUCGAAGAGUUAUGUGAGCAGAUUUUGGGUGUUGUUCCCGACUCAGACGACAGACAGUCACAGACGAAGUGGACUGUGAAGCUCACUUGGUUCCACAACACAGUUUGUGGAGAGAUGGAGCAGGAUGCCACAGAAGAGCGCCUCAUGAGGUACACGAGAGAGUACAUCAUGUAG